AUGACCACCUUGUCAAUGUUCCGACCAUUGAUACUACUGAUACUGAUGACAAUGCCACCUUUUCACAAAGCUAUGGAGCGUGUGGUGGACGGCCUGAACGUCGUCUGGUUCGGCGCGGCGGCCGGCACCUUCGUCCUGGGUGCCCGCGGAUUCACUCGACGGAAUCUUCUCAGGAGCGCUCCGAGCCCGGAUGCAGUCACGGAGGUUGCGGUCUACACGAUGCGGUUUCUGGGAGGCAUGAAUGCCGGCUGGAUGUUGCUGUUUCUACUGAAGCUGCUGGGCAAGCAGGGUUUGGGCGAAGGAGCGGCGGUUCAGUACCUGGCAGCCGCCCUGGCGCACUUCUCGCAGUGGCUCUUCAAUACGCGCCUUGCCACGGGUACGGCGCCACGGCAGCUGCACGUCCGCUUCUCCAAGGAGAUGCGCUUCAUCUUCCUCACGGACUUCGCCAUGGCGCUGCUGAAUCUGCGCCAGGGUUUCGCUUCCAACAGAGGCUCGCUGCGGGCUGCGGGAAAUGGAGCCGUUCUGGACACCCGGCUCUUUGCUUUUGGGAGCGACUCGGCGAAGCUGGAGUCUCCGGAGGGCAAGGAGAUGCUGCUCGGGGAGGUCAGCUCCAGUGGCCUGGAUGUGGAGUUGCGGCUCCCGCCAAACAGCCGCAUCCCGGAGGGUGCCACGCACCUGUUAGUUUUCUCCCGCAAUGCCUACGGCGAGCGAGGGCCUCAGGAUCUGGAGCUGCACACGGAAACGACAUGA